AUGGAGGAAGAAAGGUGUAAAAGUUUGAGAGUGUUUGUUAGUAUUCUAGAUGAUUUUUCAGAGAGAGGAGUGAGAGGAAUGGAAGAAGAGAAAUUUGUAAAACUGCUCUACUUACUCUCUAAGUCAGAGAGCAAGGAUAUGCUAAUUAACACUGAGCUCAAAUUAGCUCAAUGCUUAUACACUAACAAAAGGCAGGCACUUCUGAGCUUCAAAAAAGAUGUAACUGAUCCUUCCGGUUGGCUUUCCUCUUGGGCGGGUCUUGAUUGCUGUCUAUGGAAUGGGAUAACAUGCAACAACCGCACAGGUCAUGUUGCAAAGUUGGACCUUCGGAAUACAUAUCCAUUUCCAACAUCCAAUCCUGAAUAUGACCGGGACGAGUUGGCUUAUCAACACUCUUGCUUGGAGGGUAAGAUAAAUCCUUCUUUGCUUAGCUUGAAACAUUUGUAUUACCUAGAUCUAAGUGGGAAUAGUUUUGAACUUUCUAAGUCCAUUGGUCUGCAUAAAAGUUUGAGGUAUCACAACCUCUCCUUUGCAUUAUCUUAUCCAGUUAAAAUUCCAGAGUUUAUUGGAAACUUGUCAUCCUUGGAAACACUUGACCUUUCUAAUAACUACUUUGAAGAGGCUCCAUUUCCUAAGUUCUUUGGCCAGCUUAAGAGUUUGCGACAUCUCGAUAUCUCCUUCGCAUCUUUUGUUGGACAAAUUCCUCUUAACUUUGGUAACCUCUCAAACUUGAACUAUCUUGACCUCAGUAGAAAUUUAGGGUUGGAAAUAUCUUCCAAAAACUUGAAUUGGCAUCCUCAUCUCUCUUCCUUAAAAUACCUCAAUCUCCACAUGAUCGAUGUUGUCAGCACAGGAGUAAGUUUGCUACACGCAGUCAGCAUGCUUCCUUCACUGUUAGAGUUGCAUUUGUCUUACUGCCGAAUUACCGAUAUUCCACUCUCAAUGCAGAAGAUAAAUAUCACUUCACUUUCGACAUUUGAUAUGUCAAUGAAUUAUAUCAUUUCUCCCUUACCCAGCUGGUUUUCUAAUCUUACAAGCCUCAGAAAACUCAAUCCGAGUCAAAAUUAUUUCACUGAUCCCAUUCCUCAUGAAUUUGCAAGCCUCAAAUAUCUGGAAGGCCUUGAUUUAGCUAAUAAUGCCCUCCAAGGUCAAAUUCCCAAACUCAUUGGAAAUUUGUGUGAGCUAAAGACCUUAAAUCUUCAAGGCAACAAACUUGAUGGGGGGAUUCAAGAGCUUUUGAGUGGUUUUUCAAACUGUACGGAUAGUGUAUUAGAAUCUCUAGAUUUGUCUUCUAAUAGGCUGGAAAAUGAGUUGCCUGCCAACUUGGGGAUGUUGCACAAGUUGCAGUACCCUAACCUUGAGUCGAAUUACUUUUGGGGAUUAAUUCCAGAUUCUAUUGGAAAGUUGUCAUCCUUGAAAACUCUAAACCUCAGCUAUAACCAUAUGAAUGGAUCUGUUCCAGAAAGUUUGGGACAACUGUCUGAGCUAGUUCACCUAGCCUUGUAUGGGAAUUCAUGGGAAGGCAUUUUAACAGAAUCUCAUUUCAUGAAUCUGACAAGAUUACGAUCUAUAGAUGUGUCCACAUAUCGACCUAUGUCGCUCAUUUUCAAUAUUACUUAUGAGUGGGUUCCUCCUUCCAAGCUCUACACAAUUGGCAUUCCAAAUUGCAGUGUAGGUCCUGCCUUUCCUGUCUGGCUUCAAUCUCAAACUGAAUUAUUCGAUGUUACCCUUCAUAGUACUGGAAUCUCGGAUGCCAUACCAGAAGAGUGGUUCUUGAAGAUAUCUUUGCAACUCAAAUAUUUGGAUUUGUCUUACAAUCAAAUCAGUGGGAGGCUUCCACUCCGAUUAAAAUGUCCAAAUUUAUAUCAUAUUGAUUUGAGUCAUAAUGAGUUUGAAGGUCCACUCCCACUCUUGUCAGCUAAUGCCUCCAUCCUUGAUCUGGAAAGCAAUUCAUUUUCAGGGCCAAUCCCCUUAAAUCUAGACCAACUGAUGCCCACACUGCAAGGAUUGUAUCUUUCUGAUAAUCAGUUGAAAGGCAUAAUUCACCCCAGCAUUUGUAACAUGCAACGUUUGUCCAUCAUUUCCUUGAGAAACAAUCAGUUAUUUGGAGACUUCCCACAAGCAUGGAGUUUGUGGCCCGCAAUAUCGAUUGUAGAUGUUGGAUACAACAAUCUAUCUGCCAAUAUCCCAAGUUCAAUGGGAGUCCCAAGUGAACUUUGGGUAUUAAAGAUGAACAACAACAAUUUUGGGGGCAGAAUCCCUUCUUCUAUAUGGAAAAAUUGCACUUACCUGACGAGUAUUGAUCUUGGAGGCAACAGAUUAACUGGAAACAUGUCUUUACGGAUAGGAUCAAAUGCACCUCAGCUGUUUUCCCUACGACUCCGAUCCAACUUUCUAAGCGGGCAUGUCCCCCAUCAGUUGUGCAAUCUUCCCCGUCUUGGCAUCCUUGACCUUAGUCACAACAACUUUUCAGGGACCAUUCCCAAGUGUUUGAAAAAUAUGACUUCUUUGGUUGAUGGUUUUUCAAAUGCGAGUUACUAUGAAAGCUAUUUUGAGCAAACCACAUUGACGUCAAAAGGAAGAGAACUUGUAUAUCACAAAACCCUGUUCUUGGUGAAAAGCAUUGAUCUUUCAUCAAAUAAUUUGGAAGGUGAAAUCCCAAAAGAAAUAACAAGCCUCACUGCAUUGAGUAUCCUGAACUUGUCAAGAAAUCAAUUAAGUGGAAGCAUUCCUUCAAAGAAACUUGCAAUUCCUUUGGGCAACCAACUUCAGACGCUUAAUGAUUCGUCCAUUUAUGAGGGCAACAAAUUACUGUGUGGAGAGCCUCUUUCAACUAAGUGCCCUGGAGAUGAAACUUUAACUGCUACGAAUGCAAAGGACAGUAAUGCAGAUGCAAAUGAUAAGCUGUGGUUCUAUGUCAGCAUGGUGUUGGGCUUUAUCGUAGGCUUUUGGGGUGUUUGGGGCACAUUACUUGUGAAGAAGUCAUGGAGGUAUGCUUAUUUUCGAUUCUUUGAUGACAUCAAAAAUAAGGUAUUAUUGGCAAUUGAACUGAAGUUGGCUCGAAUGCAAAGGAAAUCUUGA